AUGCCUAUUAAUCAACGCGAACUUUUACAAGCUGUUUCUCAAAUUAGCGAAUUGCAAAGCAUGCGAGUCACUAUUAGACAAUCCGGAAAAUGGGGCUUAAUCACAGGAGCCGCUGUUUUUGGGGAGGAUUAUUGUCAGUUUAAAUCAGUGGCUGAGGUUCUUAUGAAUGAUUUAACAACACACAGCAGCAAGAAUUUGUUAACACGUCUUCGAAGAGCUGUCCAAGAUGUGGACAUCCAAGACGCUGCUGUCCUUUUACCUUUCAUUAUGAACAAUGAUGUUGUUAAACAGCAGUUAUUAAGGGUUGUUACUAAUUUUAUUACUACAGAAAUGCGUAUGAUGUUAACAUGA